UCCACCAUGGAAGAGCCACUGGAUGCUUACUCUUCAUCCCCUCUGGCAAAUGAGUCGACAGAAUUCAAGUCCAAGAAAAUUCAGGAAGUAAAAGUUGCAAAUGAAAGCAAGAGAAAGGUUAAAAAUGGUGAAAUUGAGGGGAAACAUCCAACAUAUAGGGGAGUGAGAAUGCGUCAAUGGGGCAAAUGGGUAUCUGAAAUCAGGGAACCGAGGAAGAAGUCAAGAAUUUGGCUAGGCACAUUUCCUACAGCUGAAAUGGCAGCUCGAGCACAUGAUGUAGCAGCACUUGCGAUUAAAGGCAAGUCAGCUUAUCUUAAUUUCCCUGAGAUAGCUCAUGAGCUUCCCCGUCCAGUUAGUGCAUCACCAAAGGAUAUCCAAGCUGCUGCUGCUAAAGCAGCUGCCUUAAGCAACACGAAAAGCCAUGAAUUUGAAGAAGAGUUGAGCCAGAUCGAUCAAAUGGUUCCACGUUCUCCAGGAAGCAUAGUCACAUCUCAUGACACUCCAGAGUCUUCAAGCUCACCUUCAAUCAGUAAUGAUGAUGCAUUUAUUGACCUUCCAGAUCUUUUGCUGGACAUGAACCAUCAGAUUGAUGAGUUCUGGGGCUCAUUGUCAUGGCAGCUGGCUGCAACUGAUGAUCCUGUUGAAAAUGGGUUUAGAUACGAGGAGCCUCGCCUUUGGGAACACUUGUUAAGUUGUGUGGAAUCUAAUUAUUAUCCUAACAUUGAUUGUUUUUAUGCAAAAUGAAUACGUGAAUCUACCUUGUAAUAUCUCUUUUUUCUUAAUGAAAAUUUUGAUAACU